AGUAAUCGAAGGCCAUUUGCAACAAAAAUUUGAUAAAAAAAAAACGAGCCGUAGAGAGACACUUUAAGGAUCAUUGCACAAUUGACAACUAAAAGACUAUAAAUAUUUACAUCAAUUUACAACACGUAACAUAGACAAAAAUAAUGGAAGAGGAAGAGAACACCGUACAGCUCAGGCAAGUGAAGCCGAUUGUCGUAAACGAUAAGAACGGUACCGUUUACGGCAACCAGGGUGGACCGGAAAUAAUCUCAGGACACGAUAACCCAGCUUUUGACCCGGAAGUGGGUGCUGAAGUGAAACAAGUAAAUGGAAACAUUAAGAAACAAAAUGACGAUGAUGAGGAAUAUGAUUCAGAAGAAGAUGAAAUCGAGGCCGAUUAUGGGAACUCCUGUUCUCGUGGAGUUCUACGACUCCAGACGCUCAUCUUUGGCUCGUUCAAAACCCACAAAGAGAUGAUCAUGAGUUGUGUGUAUGUCUGUCUGUUGACGCUGUAUAUGGCGUACUUUAUAUCGGCCAUGGUGUAUCGUUUCGGUGAUGAGGGCUCCUGGCGGCUGCUCGUUUGUACGAUUUUGUUGGCGCUGUACGUUGGAUAUUUUGCGAUGCAUUCGGUGUUCGGGGAACAGAUAACAAUUUACUUCUACUGGAGUAGGCUGCAGAAGGAGACAAGAAAUAAAAUAGCCAAGUGGUUUCACCUCAUACUUUGUGUAUUGCUGGCUCUGGGGGUCGUGAUUUACGUUAUAGCAGAGGUGGCACUAAAAACCCCAAAGAACCUGAUUUCUCUGACGGGAAUGGUCUUCUUCAUUGUGACGUUCUACAUUUUUUCACACAAUCCCGCAAGGGUGAACUGGAGACCCGUGUUCUGGGGUUUGAUUAUACAGUUUUAUUUCGCCCUCGCCAUUUUACGCUGGGACCCUGGUUACCGGGCCUUUCGCUGGCUGGGGGACAGAGUGUCGGAAUUCCUACUGUACACAGACGAGGGAUCCAAGUUUGUGUUCGGAGAAAAAUUCGAAAUGCAUUAUUUUGCUUUUAAGGUCCUGACUGUGAUAGUCUUCUUCAGCUCCUUCAUCUCUAUCCUCUAUUACCUCGGGGUCAUGCAGUUCAUCAUUCGACACAUCGCCCGCUUCAUGGCUACUGUUAUGGGUACCUCCCCCGCGGAAUCCCUCAACGCCGCUGGGAAUAUCUUCAUAGGACAGAGUGAAGCCCCCUUGUUGAUCCGCCCCUUUCUUUCCAAAAUGACCAGAUCAGAGCUGCACGCCAUUUGUACCGGAGGGUUUGCAACCAUUGCCGGAAGUGUCAUGGCUGCUUACAUCUUAUACAAGGUUCCGGCCAACCAUCUUUUGUCCGCCUCUGUAAUGUCUGCACCUGCAGCUCUGGCUAUGUCAAAACUGUUCUACCCCGAGACCCGGCGCUCAAGGGCAGGGAAGGAGGUCUACAAUAUGGCGUCAGGACAGGAGAGGAAUAUCAUUGAGGCGGCGUCUUUAGGGGCUUCACAGUCCAUAUCUCUCAUCGCCAACAUAGCUGUCAAUCUCAUCGCUUUCAUUGCCCUCAUCGAAUUCGUAAAUCAGACCUUGAUUUGGUUUGGUAACCGUAUAGGCAUGGAAAAACCCGGUGAGGAACUCACAUUCCAGUUUCUCUGUUCCUACGUUUUCUACCCGGUGGCGUUCUUGAUGGGGGUGGAGGCGACAGACUGCUUUGAUGUCGCUAAGUUGAUUGGAUACAAGACAUUUAUCAAUGAGUUCUACGCCUACACAAAGCUCUCUGUGUUCAUCAGUAAUCAAGAGAAUCUCACGUGGUAUGAAACUCUACCGAGCACUGAUUCCAAUUUUACGGGGAGGUGGCAUUUUGAAGGAAGUGACAUCGUUUAUGAGGACUUUAACCAUACAUUAACCGGAGGGAUACUUCAGGACCGGUCAGUGGUAAUUUCCACGUACGCUCUCUGUGGAUUUUCCAACCUCGCUUCCAUCGGCGUGAUGCUUGGCGCCUUAGGCGCAAUGGCGCCAAAUCGAAAGUCGGCUCUCGCCCAGGUUGUCAUCAGAGCCAUGAUUGCGGGAAAUGUUGCGUGCUUCAUGACUGCGUGUAUAGCUGGUUUAUUGUAUGAAGAAAAAUAGAUGUAAUUAUUUAGUUUUAGUGUACAUAAAAGCAUAAUAUACGUGUGUGUUUUUCUGUGAGAAAGGAUAAGGUUCAGACGUUCGUAGAUUUUUUGUUUUACUAUUAGAGAGGCCAAUUUGAAUGCAGUCAUAAUUUUAUCUCUGAAUUCUAAAUGAAUAUUUCAGUUUCGAAUUCAGUGCCCAUGUAGUUUUUAGGAUGUUUUUGAUUUUAGCAUCAAUAUCAACUUAUGGCCAGUUGUAAAACAUAAUUUUACGUUACACACGUUUUGAUACAGGAAAAAGAGGGAAAAAAAUGAUUUUUUUAACCCUAACUAGUUAAGAUUUUUACCCAAAGAAUCAUCUUUUUUAAAACUCUGUACUCAUCAUGACUAUAAAGCAUAGGCUAUUACAGUAAAAUUUGUCUAAUCCAGGAGAUGUAUACUUCGAAUUCUUGCAUAAUACGAUAUAAACCUAAGUCUCUUUCAAUAAUUUCAAUUGCUUAAAAAUUGAAAUGAAAUAAGCAAAAAAUAAAUGAUACAAACAAGUACUACAUGUAGCUUAAACAAACACAUUUUUGGGAUAUUAAUUUACAAGUUCAAGACAUUAAUAUGAGUAGUAUUCCAGAAAUUACCUAAUGCCUAAUUAUUUAUUUUCGUUUUCGUAUAAUUGUCUAUAGUCUAGUUUGUUUUAUCUUUCACAAGGUACAAUGUACUAUGUAUCUACAUACAAUAUGUUUUAUUUACCUUUUGUGCAAUCUGAGAAUUUUUAAGUAGGUGCUACUAUUCAUCUUAUUGUUAUUUUUUCUGACUUUUCUGCUUUUUUCAUUAUUCUUCCUUUUUUU